GUCGUUUCCGUCAAUUCACAAAAUUGGCAUAUGAAAAAGCCCUAAAAAAAGGAACAUACACUUCUUAUGAUUAUUUGAGGAUUGGGCAACAGUUGUGUCAUAAACAUUAUAUGCGCAUCGUUGAACCUGACAGAGGUAAAACAGUAGAAACUUCUAAUUCAACAAUGCGCAUCGGACUUGACAAUAAUCAAAUGUUAGAGGUUCCAAAUUUGGUAGAAAUUCCAAAUUUGGUAGAAAUAGAUGAGGAUAAUACAAAUCGAGGUAACAAAUAUAAUAAUAAAAGAUCACCCUUGAAGUUAG